AUGAUCUCUCAUACAAAUUUACGUUUUCUUCAUUCUAACUUUUUUCAACCAUGUCCUCUAACUUUGACAAAAUCUUUCAAUUACAAUGAUUAUUCAAUAAAUAGUGGUGAAAUAAAAAUAUGUUCUUCUGGUAUUAUAUUGUCAAAAUCAAAUACAAUGAUUAAUAAUUUUAAUAAUGUUACAUUAAAGAUGGAAAAAAAUGAAGCGAUAGAAUCUUCUAAAUAUCAAUUUUUAGAUCCAAUGCAAGCAUUUGUUGAUAGUAUUAAAGAAGGAUUUGAUUUAAGUGAAUUGUGUUUUGAUUAA